CGGAUGUUUCAUCAACAACACGGCUCCUGAUUCAACCACAUCGGUAGCUUGCUAGCCAACAUAAAACUGAAACAUUGAAUCUCUGAAUAAUUGUAUAACUACACGAAUCCCAGAGUUUUAAACACAGCGCUGUUAAUGUAUGUAUGUACUAGUUGAUUUAAACUUAAUUCGCUUGCUAAAUUUGCUACGGAGCCUACUAGCACCAGGGUAGUCGAUAAUGCUAGCUAGCUAACAUCCCCGACCAUGAACUCACAAAGUUACUCCCCCCCUGCUGAAGAAGAGGUCUGCUGGAUGGAGAAACAAGCUCUUAGGCUGAACGUUGUCGUAAAAGAGGAAGAUGGUGAUAUUACAGUGAAAGGAGAGGAAGAAACAUUCAGAAUGAAAAAAUAUAAAAUGGAGGCUAUCACGUUGAAAGAAGAAGAGGAUGUUGAAGUGAAAGAAGAGAAAAUACCGUUUGUUGUGAAAAAGGAAGAGGGGAUCGAGGCUGUCACAUUGAAAGAAGAGGAGACUGAAUAUCUGAUUAACACAAAGCCAAAAACGAGGCAAUAUGCUCCUUUCUGGCCCUCCCAGAGCUCUACAUUGAAAGAGGACAUCAGAAAGAUACAGGAAGGAUCUAGCGUUGCACCCGUGAGUCCCAGACAGUUUGGUGGUGAUGAUGAUGACGACGCCAUUCAAUGGAACGGAGAACGGGACAUGAAGGAUUGGUUUCCUAGCAACAGACUGGAGGCGGAGUCGGCUCCAGAGAAGCACAAGCCAGUGCAGAGGGAGGGUGGUAACACAUCUCUCCCACACCCCUCCCUUGUCCCCGAGUCCUCGGGUCGUGCCUCUCUCGGUAGUGCCUUAAUGUGGGGUCUGAAGAGGGUGUCUGUGCGGCUGGUGGACUGCAGGAAAACAACGGGGCUGAGUGGAACUGUGAGAGGAGGAGAAGAGGGUGAUUCAAUGGCAUCAAGUAAGAACAACGGUGUGUGAUUAGAUUGGAUUAGACCAGGGGUUCCCAAACU